AUGGCUACUCCGACCGUCGUCCUGGUGCCCGUCUGGGGCAUUGGCCACUUCGUGCCAAUGCUCGAGGUCGGCAAGCGGCUGCUCGCACGCAGCGCACGGCCCCUCACGAUCACCGUGCUCGUUAUGCCGGAGCCUGAGGCGACGCGGGCGUCCGAGAUCACCGAGCACAUACGCCAGGAGGAAGCCACUGGCCUCGCCAUCCGCUUCCACCAUCUGCCAUUAGUGGCACCCCCAACCGACAGCUCGGGCAUCGAGGAGUUCGUAUCCCGCUACGUGCAGCUGUACUCGCCCCACGUCAAGGCGGCCGUCGCCGGCUUGACGUGCCCGGUGGCCGGCCUCGUCGUCGACAUCUUCUGCACGACGCUGUUCGACGCGGCGCUCGAGCUCGGCGUGCCGGCCUACGUGUACCUGAUCGCCAGCGCCGCGAUGUGCGCGCUCCUGCUGCGCUCCCCGGCGCUCGAUGAGGAGGUCGCCGGCGACGUCGAGUUCGAAGAAGUGGAAGGCGGCGUGGACGUGCCGGGGCUGCCGCCUGUGCCGCCGUCCUGCCUGCCGACGGGGCUGGAGAACAGGAAGAUCACGACCUACAACUGGUUCCUGUACAACGGCAGGCGCUACAUGGAAGCCGGAGGCAUCGUCCUCAACACCGUUGCCGAGGCGGAGCCGCGCAUCCUCGCGGCCAUCGCCGACGGGCGGUGCACGCGCGGUGUCCCGGCCCCUCCGGUGUACUCGAUCGGGCCGGUGAUCCCCUUCACCCCACCCGCCGCCGGCCAGCAGGCGCGCCACGAGUGCGUGCGUUGGCUCGACUCGCAGCCUCCGGGCUCCGUGGUGUUCCUCUGCUUCGGAGGCAAAGGCUGCUUCACGGCGCCGCAAGCGCUCGAGAUAGCGCACGGCCUGGACCGCAGCGGGCAUCGAUUCCUGUGGGUGCUGCGCGGGCCGCCGGAGCCCGGCAUGAAGAUGCCCACGGACGGGAACCUCGCGGAGCUGCUUCCGGCGGGGUUCUUGGAGAGGACAAAGGACAGAGGGCUCGUGUGGCCCACCAAGGCGCCGCAGAAGGAGAUACUCGCCCACGCCGCCGUGGGAGGCUUCGUCACGCACGGUGGCUGGAACUCGGUCCUCGAGAGCCUCUGGCAUGGCGUGCCCAUGGUUCCGUGGCCGCUCGGCGCCGAGCAGCACUACAACGCGUUCACGCUGGUGGCCGACAUGGGCGUCGCCGUGGCGAUGGACGUGGAAAGGAAGAGGAACAACUUUGUGGCGGCGGCCGAGCUGGAGCGAGCGGUCAAAGCUCUCAUGGGCGACGGCGAGACGGCGAGGAAGGUUAGGGACAAGAUCAUGGAGAUGAAAGCCGCGUGCCGGAAGGCAGUGGAGGAGGGCGGAUCAUCGAACGUGUCGCUGCAGAGUCUCUGUCAUGCGCUCGUCGAAGGUGCCGUGCACCCGAGAAAGUGA